ACCGAGCGCUUCGAUCACAGUUCGAGCGAGAAGCAUCCUCGGCAAAAGAGUCACCACUGGACAUCCUAACCACAAAACUAGGAAGCAAACGUCAAAAUGGUGAAGAUAUCGUUUCAACAAGUUUCGGCACGGAAGGCAGAAAAGGAGAACGACGGAAACAAAGAGGAAAUUCAUGUGCCGUGCACUCACGAUGAGUUGGUUCUACCUGUAUGGUCUAAGAAGUCUCCCAAAGGCGGCCUUUGGUGUAUCGUACUUGCCCUGGUGAUCUUUAUGUCAGGAUUAAUCAUCGCAUCUGUUUGCCUUUACCGAUACUACUACUACAGCCCUCAGGUCCCAGAGGACAGUUUGUUCCACUGCCGGGUGAUGUACGACGACCCCCUGUACGCUCCGUUGCUCGGGCGACAGGAGAUGGAGGAGAACGUCGGUAUCUAUCUGGAAGAUAACUACGAACACAUCAGCGUGCCCGUUCCCGAUUUCGCGAGCAGCGACCCAGCCGACAUCAUCCACGACUUUCACAGGGGGCUCACAGCAUACUAUGACAUUGCGUUGGAUAAAUGCUACGUCAUCGAGCUCAACACCACUAUCGUCAUGCCACCCAGGAACCUGUGGGAGCUGCUAGUCAAUGUCAAGCGAGGAACAUACUUGCCACAGACCUACAUCGUUCAGGAGGAGAUGGUGGUGUCGGGCCGAAUUAGGAACGUGCGGCAACUGGGACCGUUCAUCCACAGGCUGUGUUACGGAAAAGACGUGUACAGACUGAGACGCAGGAGCGGACAGAAACGCAUUGAAAAGAGGGAGACCCGAAACUGCCACAGCAUCCGACACUUCGAGAACACGUUUGUCGUAGAGACGAUGAUUUGUGACCGACUCCACUUUUAAUUUCCUCCCCCUGCCCGUCUUCCCCAAAUCUACUGAGCAAAACCUAAAAGUGACCCCACACCACCUCCCCACCUGUCCAGCUUUACAGCAGCACUUUAUCGUCAUGAUAAAUCUGUACAUAAUGUUAAUAACUCAUCUUUGUGUAUUCGUCAUUUUGUUUGUUUGUCAAGCGUUUCUUUUUCAUCCUGUCGUCUCUUGAAGAUUUUCAAGUUGCGUAGUGUGACGCACAUGUUUGUGCUUGAGUUUUAUUUUACACUCAGGUUAUUUCUGCCUAUUCGUUGAGGGUGUGUCCUCGAAUAUAACUGUGAGGUUGACUCCUUUCUUUUGGUUUUUGUCAUCUGUGUUGCUGUUUUACAUGUUUUAGGUGAGAAAUCCGAAAUUUGAAAAUUGUCUUCAAUGCCAAAUGAUGUAUACCUCAUAUUUUAGCAAUGUAUGACUUAUUAAAGUCAUGUAUGUGAUUUCUGAACGUGAUCUAAGCAAUAUAAGUUUUCUUAUCUUGGAUUUCUAGACUUGUUUGUUUAGUGUGUCAUGUUAUGUGUGUUAUUCUUUAUACAUAUGAAUAAAGUUUGUAGAAUAAAACAGAAAAUCUAGCCACCAGAUGUUUUUGUAAAGGCGAUACGUCGAUGGUGAUCAGAAUGGGCUGAUGGGUUUCUUUUCAAUUAAUAAAGCCCACAUAUUAAGACGAAACUUUGUGUACUGAGGAAUUUCGGAAGCAGAUUUGUAGAAAUCAUUCAUUGCUGUUUUUAUUCUUUUAUGCAUUACCUGCCUUUGAAUCGAGGUGGAUUUAUGUCAUUGCUUGCACAUUUUUCUAAUUGUACCGUUUAUUUGCAUUUGUUCCUCUUCCACACACCGGUGUAGCAAGAACUGGUUUAGUCUGGAGUCAUGAGGUGUUUAUUGAAUGCACUAUAUGAUGAUGCUGCUCUAGCUUUGUAAAUAAUGUUUACGUGUAAAACCCAUCAAUAAACUGCUUAACUCGA